AUGUCUGUCGGAAGCAACGGCUCCAAUGCUGGCGGUUCCAAUACUGGCGGCUCCAAUGCUGGCGGCUUUAAUGCUGGCGGCUUUAAUGCUGGCGGUUCCAAUACUGGCGGUUCCAACGCUGGCGGCUCCAAUACAGAUGGCUCCAAUUCGGACGGCUCCAAUACAGAUGGCUCCAAUACAGAUGGCUCCAAUACAGGUGGCUCCAAUACCAUGAGCUAUCGGUUCACGUACACGACCUGUCCCCUCCACGAAUACAGCAAGAUCAGCGCCCGCGACGGCCGCGGCCCGAUCUGGAUCUGCCGGAACUGCGACGGCGUCCACGCCGCCGUCUGGGAGUGCACCUUGUGCGGCCACAACCUCUGCCCCAGGUGCCUGAACUACAGCCCGCAAGUGGACGGCCCUCAGGUGGACGGCCCUCAGGUGGACGGCCCUCAGGUGGACGGGAUCGAGGCGACCAACCGGGCAAGGUUCCGUUAG